AUGAUCUGCCGGACCAUUCUUCUCCCUAUGUUGUGCAUGGCAUCGCUUUUCAGCGUCGCACUUGCCCAAGCAUCUCAACGUCCUUCUCUGGAUAAUGCAAGGGACCCCCUCAACUGGUGCGGCCAGGAUGAGAAGGUUCAUGCGAUAGGAAGAGAGGACGACUUGGCCGCUCUUGAGGCAUUCUCUAAGCGCUCCUUGAACACUGAACAAGCCUCGAUUCACAUACCUAUCAAUGUCUUCCUGGUCGGAACGGAAGAACAGCGAAGUUCGGUCAAAUAUAAAAUCGAAAUCCGUCAUAUUGGGACCACUCUCAACGAAGGCUACGCUAAGCACGGCAUCACCUUCGGCCCGAUCGAGACAUACGAGGUCGCCAACGACACAUACGCCAACAUGAACCACAUGGAGCACCGGCAUGACAAGACCCGGGAAAUGCAGAGAGCGCUUCGCAUCGGUGGACCUGAAACGUUGAACCUCUACAUUGUGCCGAAAUUGGAUACAGGCCUCCUUGGAUACGCCGCCUUUCCCGACUUAUUGACAAAUCCUUUCGGUAUCGUGGGAGCAACAGGGACGUGGUUCGAUGGAGACGCCGUCGUCAUCGGCCACAGCGCUCUUGACGGCACUCUGUUUGCAAAGGCCGUGAUUCACGAAACGGGACACUGGCUGGGGCUCUACCACCCGUUCCAGGGCUCCUGCAAGAUCCCCAACGGCGACUACAUCCCGGACACGCCGCAGUCGCGGCACGAGAACUACGCGUGUAAGGCCAAGGACACGUGCCCUGAGUUCCCGGGCGAGGAUCUGGUUUGGAAUUAUAUGGCUUACUCGUCGUGUGACAAGAACCUAUCUUUCACCCCAGGCCAAGCCCUUUUCAUGCGUCAGUCUUGGUACAGUUUCCGCGACCCCAAAACCAGAGACCUUCCCGCCGAAUCGCGAGUCCCUUAUCGAACGACACCUAACAAGGAUAUGAUUGUCCGUUCAAGAUUUGGAAAUGCGUAG